AUGGAUGAGUACACGGUGGAUGCCUUCGCCAACCGCGACGACUCCAUCCCGCUGACCUCCAUCCCCGCCGAUAACAAUGCCCAGGACGAGCCGUCUUCCCCAUCAGAUAGCACGAAAGAGAAGCUGCCUGCGAAUGAACACACAGAUGGCUCCUACGAUGGCAGUGAUGGCUCCAGAAGAAGAUCCAUCCUGUCUUUUCAAGACCGGCUCUUUGCAAAACUGCUCCAGCAGGUCAUUCCGAAAGAUGAGGAUGAAAACGAUGAGCAAGAGGAGCCAGCUGACAGGCAAUCGAAGCGUGCCAGCCGGCCGCCCUUCAGUCUUCCGGUGAUGGCCAACAAUUUCCGGCGGUUCAAUGCACGCAUUGGCAUCGCUUUCGUCUUUCAGAACCGGCUGAUCCGCCUCUUUUCCUGGAGAUACCCAACCCAGACUCUCUCAUUCCUAGCUGUCUAUUCUUUUGUCUGUCUGGAUCCUUCCCUGCUGCCGGUCGUCCCACUGGCCACGAUCCUGCUGUUCAUCAUGGUGCCAGCCUUCCUGGCACGCCAUCCCCCGCCACCCUCGAAUUCCACCUCCGGGACUACUCCUUACUAUUCUUAUAACGGGCCCGCGCUGGCCCCUGCGCCGACCAUCAAACCAGCCAGCGAGACGUCCAAGGAUUUCCUUCGCAAUAUGCGAGACCUUCAGAAUUCCAUGGCCGACUUUGCGAAUCUGCACGAUGCCCUGGUGGCCCUGCUGUCGCCGCCGACGAAUUUCUCAGAUGAGACUCUUUCCUCGACAUUGUUUUUGUUUCUUUUCAUCAUCACGGCCGCCUUGUUUCUGACCUCACAUCUUCUUCCCUGGCGGUUUAUCUUCCUGAUCGGUGGCAAUGCCGCCGUUAUUGCGGGCCACCCGGCCGUUCAGGAAUUCCUGAGUCAAGUAAUGGGACAGGAGCCCAAGAAAGCUGACCCGACAAGCCCAAAAUCCCCCAGCAAAGCGAAGCCCGCAGUGCCUGCUUCUCUCUCAUCGGUUGGUUCAUUUCUGGGGUCUCUUGCGAAUAUAUCUCUAGAUGCGUACCCAGAAGAGCGCGAAGUGGAGAUCUUUGAGCUACAGUAUCGAUCUCUUUCCCCCUACGCGACUUCUUCCGCGUGGGAGACUGUGCUGUUCUCGCCGACACCAUACGAUCCGCUAUCGCCAUCGCGCAUUGCGGGCGAUCGCCCCCGAGGAUGCCGGUUCUUUGAAGACGUCCAGCCGCCGCCGGGCUGGGCGUGGAAAGGGAAGAAGUGGGAACUGGACCUGGAAUGCCGGGAAUGGGUGAUGGAGCGCAUGAUCACGGGCGUCGGGUUCGAGGUGCCUCCCGGCAGCAGCGAUGACGAAGGCGGUAGCGCCGCUAUGAACGAGGAGGUUGGCGGAUGGGUGUGGGAUCUACCUCCGUCGUCUACUUCUCAGGCUGGGCUCGACGACGACGAGUUCCGUCAGAUGGCCUACGGCGACCUGAACCUGAGAGAGUCGCGAAGCAAGGCGGCAGCAGACCAGAAGGGAAAAGGCAAGACUAAGGGGAAUCGCAACAGCCAAGGGCGUGACUGGGAGGAGAGUACCGGAGGCGCGCAGACGCAGGGAAUGGGCGAGUGGCGACGCCGACGAUGGGUGCGGAUGGUGCAUCGCCAUUACCCUAACAACUAUACUGUGUUCUUAUUUUAG